CCACAGCAGGAGGCAGAGGCUGCCCGCAGGGAGGUCUGGGAGAAGAACCUGCGGCGCAUCCAGCAGCACAACCUGGAGGAGUCGCAGGGGCAGCACGCCUUCCGCCUGGCCAUGAACCACUACGGGGACCUGGUACCUGCCGACACCCCCGGCACCUUCCCUGGGGUCCCCUCCCUGCACCUGGGGACUGCACACCCCUCAGCGCACCCAGGGCUCGAACUGGGGACCGGGGACCCCUCGAUGCACCCAGGAGAAGAAGCGAUCGAGGCCGCUUCCCGGCUCACCCCAGCUCUGCUCUUCCCAGGCAUCUUCAGCAGCAUGUUUUGCAGCCAGCGGGUAAACCACGGCAUGCUGGCCGUAGGCUACGGGACAAGCCAGGAGCAGGGGCGCAACGUGAGCUACUGGAUCUUAAAGAACAGCUGGUCGGAGGUGUGGGGUGAGCGGGGCUACAUCCGACUGCUGAAAGGCACCGACAACCAGUGCGGGGUGGCCAACCAGGCCAGCUUCCCCAUGCUGUGA